AUGUCUUGGUUGUGGGAUUGGGUGUCCGGCAUGCUUAAUUAUCUCGGUUUGACUAAGAAAAAUGGUAAAUUAGUGUUCUUGGGACUGGAUAAUGCUGGCAAAACGACACUUCUUCAUAUGUUGAAAGAUGAUCGUAUGGCUCAGCAUGUUCCAACGCUUCAUCCAACUUCUGAAGAACUUUCACUGGGCGGUAUUCGCUUCACAACAUUUGAUCUUGGUGGACACGAACAAGCACGACGUGUUUGGAAAGAUUAUUUUCCAGCUGUAGACGCUAUUGUAUUUUUAGUGGACUGUGCUGAUGUUGAACGGAUUGCAGAAAGUAGGCGUGAGCUCGAAAGUUUAUUAAGCGAUGAGCAAGUGGCUUCUUGUCCUCUUCUGAUUCUCGGAAAUAAGAUUGAUAAACCAAAUGCAUUAGGAGAAGACCAACUGAAAUGGCACUUGGGAAUAUCGAAUUUGACCACUGGAAAAAUGGUUGUCGCAAUAUUUAGAUUAGAUAUUGCUCGAUAUGCUUUCUUAAAUGAUUUAUGUGGAAAGAUUAGAAAUGCAGCUGAUGGCAAUAUAUCAUCCGAGAUAGCUGUUCAAUUCUUUGAUGGAAAAGAGAAGAAAGUAUCCGUUGAAUUCUUUAACGAAAAUAACAAGCAGAGUGGAAAUUCUAUUUCCAAUGAAGAAUUUGAUAUCACGGAAUAUGAGAAAAAAUUGCACGAUAAUGCGAAACAAACAAUGGACCUAAUUGGUGAUCUGUGCAACCGAUCUGAACAAAUCACUGGGCAGCAAAAAGAAACACUUCUCAGAUUGGAAGAGGAGCAGCAAGAAUGGCGAAAGAUCGCUGAAAAAAUGGAAGAAGUUACGAAACAAAAUGAACAACUUAUCAUUUCAAAACAAGAGCUUGCUUCUAACGUUAUUAGACUGACUGUUGAAGCUCGAACAACGUCUGAUCGAACACAGUGCAAAUCGAGAAAGAAACGGAAUGAACCAGAGCGUCAAAUUGGAAAGAAAUCUAUCUCAAGCACCGAUAAAAUUGUUGUCACUGAUCAAGACAACGGUUUACUGCUUUUCUCUGUACAAUAUGGGCUUAUCAAAAAAGUUUGUAGUUCGGAAUGGAAAUGGCCACAAUCCGCUAUUUACACUUCAGAUAAUAAAAUCCUGGUUUCCGUAAUGGUAAAAGAUGAAAGUGGAAACAAAACGAUAUGGAAGCGUAAUCUGAUGAAAUUUGACGAAGAACUCGAAUUCGUUUCGAGGAUUGAAGGACCAAAAUGGAUAGAGAAUGAGACGGUACUGACUACGAUUGAUGUGAUAACGGAACUUUUGGUCGUAGAACAAAAACGAGGUUACAUUUGGCUGUUCAGUAUUCGCGAAUCUACCAUAUGCUACCGAAGUAUGAUUGCUGCAGUCGAAAAACCGGGAGCAUUGUGCAUCGAUGACAAAAACCAACUCUUCAUUCAUGACAUUGGUCAGUCGAAAAUCCGCCUUUUAGAACCACGCACUUUCGAACCAAUCCAGGAUAUCGCGCUUACUUCUAAGAAUUUAACUGCUAUCACCGCUUAUCAAGGACUACUUGUAGCUGUGUAUUGCGUUGACCAUAUUAUUCACUUCCAUAGGUACUCAGUUCCUGAUAAAAAGAGUUUCAAGUGA